GGCUUUUUGCCUGGGCCGUGGCGUGGCGGGACGGGAGGGCGCGGGGGCGACGUUGCUGUCUUUCCUUUCGAAUGAACUCGAGUCUCCUCUCGAGCUGUCGAGCUCCGGUGCCUCCCUGCGCUGGAUGCGAUGCAGAGCUAGUCGAGGCCGGAAGAAUACGAGAGGAGACCGAUAGUUUCUCCUUCCCCGACCGGCCUCUGUCUCUCCAACAGGCUUUCUCCUCUCGGCUGAUCGGAUCAGGAGUGGAUUGGCUCUAGGGCGGGCGGGGGGAGAGAUGGUGCACAAUGCGUUUGAUUCCGUGCAGAUUCUGAGAGACUGCCCGGCGAAAAUCGAGAGCGUGGGGCUGUGGGGAGCUCGUCUCUUGCUCGGCUGCGUCGAUGGCUCCUUGCGCAUUUACGCGCCGGAAGAAACCGUGGACGUGCUGCCCUCGGACUCGGAGGUCACGGUGCCCACUUACAUUCUCCGAGAAACUCGAGUCGGAUUUGCGAGGAAGCCCGUCACGCACAUGGAUGUGCUGCAGUCGAGGGGCCUUCUCGUAACUCUCUCGGAUGCCGUCGCCAUCCACACUUUGCCCGAGUUCGAGGUCGUCUCGUAUCUGACCAAGACCAAGGGUGCGACCUUGUACUGCUGGGAUGAAGAUCGAGGCCUUCUCUCUGUGUCCAAGCUCAAAAGGAUUCUGGUUUAUCGAUAUGAUGGCAAUCGAGGCUUUACGGAGAUCAAGGACUUGGUAGCCCCAGAUGUGGUGAAUGCCAUGGCCUGGUGUGCGGGCUCCUUGUGCUUGGGAAUUCGCCGGGAGUACAUAAUCAUGAAUGUGAACACCGGUGUGACGGUCGAUGUUUUUCCCAGUGGCAGGUCUGCCAGUCCGAUGAUCGUGUCGCUUCCAGACGGGGAUUUGCUUUUAGGGAAGGACAAAAUUGGGGUUAUCGUCGAUCACAAUGGCAAGUUGACUCAGGAUGGUGGUUUGAGCUGGUCGGAAGCGCCAGCAGCGGUUGUGAUCCAUUCCCCUUAUGCACUGGCGAGAUUAUCUCGCCACGUUGAGGUGAGAUCUCUGAAAGCUCCCCAUGGGCUGGUCCAGAUGUUACCGCUCAGAGAUACGCAGUUGUUGCUGUCGAGUGAUGCUGGUAUCAUAGCAGCUACCGAAACCGCCAUUCAUCGGAUUCUUCCUGUUCCAGUCGGAGUACAGGUCGUGCAGUUGGCUGCUUCAGGAAAUUUCGAAAGCGCUCUGGCUCUGUGCAAAAUGCUUCCUCCUGAAGAUGCCGCCUUGAGGGCUAGCAAGGAAGACGCCAUCCAUAUCCGCUAUGGUCACUAUCUUUUUGAACAGGGUCAGUACGUGGAAGCCAUGGAUCACUUUGGAGCAUCCUCCUUAGACCUUACAACAAUUCUCUCCCUUUUCCCCUCUGUGAAACUACCGAGCAUAGUGAGCCCAGUGUCCAGCGAGCCAUUUUUGGAGGGCCGACCCUUGGGAACGCCUACGGAGAGAUCUCGAGCAGGUCUGUCGUCGGACCAGCUGGAGAGCGCAAGUGGAAGUCAGUCUGGUGGUCCUCCCCACCUGAGCAAGUUGAUGAAUUUGGAGGAAAAUCAAAAAUUGCAGGACAUCCAGCAAAGGAAGAUAGCUUUGUCUUCCCUCGCAGGAUUCUUGUCUUCCAGAAGAACCUCCGUGAUCGAAAAAGCCGAAGCAGAGGAGACGGAUGCUGCAGUCGCAGCCAUGGUGGAGGCCUCGCCAGUUGCCAGAAGAAAUAGCGAAGCAUCAAGCGACAAGCGGAAGCACGAGGCGAGGGAGCUGGCCAUUGUCCUGGAUACUGCACUGGUGCAAGCGAUGCUUGCUACCGAUCAGUCACAAGCAGCCCUGGCAUUACUGAAAGGUCCGAACUACUGCGACAUCGCUCCCUGUGAAGAGAUGAUGUUGGCCACCGGUCACUACCUGGAGCUGGUCGAGCUGUACAAGAGCCAUAAAAUGCAUCGUGAUGCGCUGAAUCUUCUGAAUGAUCUCGCCGAGAAACCAGAAUCAUUCGCCGUGCCACCCAAGGAAUCACAAGAGGUCAGGUCUCAGAUGAUUAUCGAUUACCUGAAGAAUCUCGGAGCUCAAGACCCUGCUCUUAUUUUGGACAACUCAAACUGGAUACUGAAAAGCAACGUCGCAGAAACAAUGGUCUUGUUUGCUUCUUUCAAUCCACCUCUUCCAAUCAACCUCGUUCUAGCUCACCUCAAGGACAAUGCUCCGGAGCUCCGAAUGUUAUUCCUCGAACACAUGCUCGGUGAGCAUGCGAAUGCUGCUCCGGCAGAGCUCCAAAACGAGUUGUUACAACUUUACUUGGCCAGAGUACUCGAGGAACGCGCUGCCAGUGUCGCCAAAGGAAAAUGGGAUGAGAGAGACCACAGCGAGGCAAGGGAAAAGCUUCUCAACGUUUUACGAAAUACAACUGCCUACAGCCCCGACCGGAUACUACAGCGACUUCCUAUAGACGGCCUGUACGAGGAAAGGGCCUACUUGCUCGGUCGCCUUGGUCAACAUCGACUCGCCUUGACUCUUUAUGCACAUAAGCUUCACGAGGCAGAUCUGGCAUUGGCUUAUUGUGACCGAGUUUAUACUACUGCAAUGAUUGGACGGAAAGCCAGCAAACCUACUUCCAAAGCCAUGCUGCCUCCUGUGGACCAAGGUGCCAUGAAUAUCUACCUUACGCUACUCGAGGUGUACCUAAAGCCCAAGGCUGCUGUCAGGGAGUAUGAUCGCUCUUUGAUGAGCCUUGCCCCUAUCAAGGCCUUCACAGGCGCCAGACCCACUCCACAGCAACAACAAAGGACUCGAGGAGUGGUGUCGAAAAAAAUUGCUGAGAUUGAAGGAGCAGAAGAGAGCAAGUUCAGUUUCAGCAGUGCAGAGAGUGCUGCAGAGAGCAGCCGCAGUGAUACAGAGGAUCUCGUCGAGGGGCCGACUUCUUCAGAGGAGCUGAUGCUCGAUGAUGCCCUUCGGCUUUUGAGUCGUAGGUGGGAUCGUCUGGACGGUGCUCAAGCACUUCGUAUGAUCCCUUCUGAUACCAAGCUUCAAAAUCUUCUCUCCUUCUUGGAACCAUUGCUCCGAGCUUCCAGUGAGUCUCGUCGCAAUUCAGCUGUCAUCAAAAGUCUUCACCGCAGCGAAAACUUGCAAGUUCGGGAGGAGCUGUCGCAAUGUAGAAAGCGGGUAGUGAAGGUGAACAGCGAUCGGACGUGCUCUAUUUGUCAAAAGAGGAUAGGUACGAGUGUAUUUGCUGUGUAUCCCAAUAGCACACUGGCCCAUUUUGUAUGCUACAGAGAUCGUCCUGUUUCUAAAACUGGACAUGUUGUAGUGGGUAUGUGAUAUCUACCAGUUAGUUACGAGUUCUUGAAGAGUUGUGCGUUUCAUUCUUAUCAUCUCCUGAACUUUUGUUUGGUAUUGUUGCAAUGUUCACCCACGUGUUACGUAAGAGGACGUGAGUUCUGUCGGAGCUAGAAACCGGAAGAAUAUCUAUUUCUUACUAGUUGGUCACUCGAGCAAAUGGCCGUCAGAGGGCAGGAUGUAUUGAAUGCCAGUAGAGGUAGUGUAGAUAUGUAUCAGUAGACGAGGACCAGUUUUAUCUGGUGCUAGGUGUAAAAUUGAAAUAAAAUUGGUAUAUGGUUCCAAAGAUCAUACACUACACUGCAUCUAUCUAUUAUAAAUCAACAUUGGACCCAG